CCGCCCUGUGAACACUUGCAAUGCACGAGUGAACUUCAACUGUCAAAAGUGGAGGACACAUUAGCUUUUGAGCUGUGCGGUUUUCAAUUAUCAUCAUCGCCUUUGUAAGUGAUCGCACAUCAAUACGCUGUAGGUGUGAUCGAGGCGCAAUUUGUACACAAAGCGCCGGAGUGCACGGAGGCUGACGAUCGGGAGGGAUAAAGAGUGUCGUCCUAGAAGUGAACAAGUUCUUGGUUGUUUUGGGGGGCCGAUUGUUGCCAAUAUGUCCAGGAAUCCCACAUUUGUGAGUCCAUUCCACAGACCCCACUGUUUGGCCGCUGCCGCCCAGGCAGGAAAAGCCAAACUCACCCACCCUGGCAAAGCCAUUCUAGCAGGUGGUAUUGCUGGAGGAAUAGAGAUCUGUAUUACAUUCCCUACAGAGUAUGUGAAGACUCAGCUGCAGUUGGAUGAGAAGGCCAACCCUCCCAGAUAUAAAGGCAUCGUUGACUGUGUGAAGCAGACGGUAGACGGUCAUGGGGUGAGAGGUCUAUACAGAGGGCUCAGCUCACUGCUCUAUGGCUCCAUACCCAAAGCAGCUGUCAGGUUUGGUGUGUUUGAGUUCCUCAGUAAUAAGAUGCGUGAUGAGAGUGGGAAACUGGACAGUACCCGGGGUCUUCUCUGUGGGCUGGGGGCUGGAGUGGCUGAGGCUGUGGUGGUGGUCUGCCCCAUGGAGACGGUCAAGGUAAAGUUUAUCCAUGACCAAUCGUCAGCCAACCCAAAGUACCGGGGAUUCUUCCAUGGAGUCAGGGAGAUCGUCAGAACAGAAGGCCUGAGGGGGACGUACCAGGGUCUGACAGCCACGGUACUGAAACAGGGAUCCAACCAGGCCAUCCGCUUCUACGUCAUGACAUCUCUAAGGAACUGGUACAAAGGUGAAGAUCCUAACAAGGCCAUUAACCCUCUGGUCACGGGAGCAUUCGGAGCCUUCGCUGGAGCUGUCAGUGUGUUUGGAAACACUCCUCUGGAUGUCAUCAAAACCAGGAUGCAGGGUCUGGAGGCUCACAAGUACAAAAGCACCCUGGACUGUGCCGUCAAGAUCAUGAAGCAUGAGGGCCCUAAAGCGUUCUAUAAGGGUACAGUCCCCAGGCUGGGCAGGGUGUGUAUGGACGUAGCCAUUGUCUUCAUAAUCUACGAGGAGGUGGUGAAGGUCCUUAACAAAGUCUGGAAGACGGACUGAGAUCACGUUUCCGUGACAACCAGCAGAGUGGAGAACCCUCGGGCAGGGCGGGGCAAUGGCCUGAUUCCAAACCCAAUCCCUCUGCCCUAUCCUUAGGUUAUCCAUGACUUGCUACCUCCUUACAGAUCUGAUAUGGCUCGUUAUAUUUCAUUACAAAAAAGUUGGUCUCUGUCCCCUGCCAUUGUUUGCUUUAGUCAGUUGGAAUGAAAUGCAGCCAUGAUAAGUGUAAACAAUCUGGGGAUGAGUGCACUUCGCCUAUGAUCCUAUUGGGGAUACUACUAUCAUAUUGUUUAUACCUACAUCCUCUGUUCUUCUUUAUAUCCACAGUGGGGAGUGAGCAAGGGCACAUGGGUAGGGUGAGGGAUUUGGCCUAUAUGACUGGAAUAAUGGGAACAUUGUAUCAUUCCAAAGCAGUGUCUUAGACCGACAGUGCUUCAGUUCACUAAUUGCUAUUAUUAACAUCUUAUGUUGUACAUUAAUCAAAGAUGAAACAAUACUUAUAGCUAAAAACCCAAUAUAAUGUGAUGUAAAUCAAAGGAAAAAAACUUGAAAUGAGAGAGGAGGAGGAUCAAAGGCUUUUAACUCCAAAGACCAUGUUGUAUAUUUAACACGAUGGUGUGACCCAGUGAAAUGGGUCUGGUAGAGAUGUGGAGGCCGUCGUUCAUACACAUGAUUUCACUACAACAGACAUGCCUGUUCACGUGUCACAUGGGUGUUGUUUUUCAGGUUUAAUGCGGGUCUGAAAUUCAUCCGCUUUACAUACCUGAGUGCAAUUGCAACACAAUGCCUUAUAUGUCAUAAUAUUCAGAGAUAUCUUUAUGGUAGAGCGCUACUAUAUGUACAGUGCCUUAAAAGUAUUUGCCCCCUUUCUGAGUUUCUCUAUUUUUGCAUAUAUUUUUUUAAUACUGAAUGUUAUCAGAUCUUCAAUCAAAAGGGAACCUGAGUUUACAAAUAACAAAAAAUAUGUACUUAUUUUAUUUAUUUAACAUUUUGCUUACUGGGACUUCUAAUUUUGAGAGGGGCAGCAUUUUUUGGUCUCGCCUAGGGUGGCAGAACAGCAUGGACUGGCCCUGCUUCCAAGAGUCUUGAUGAUAAUCCAGGUGCUUCCAAGAGUCUUGAUGAUAAUCCAGGUGCUUCCAAGAGUCUUGAUGAUAAUCCAGGUGCUUCCAAGAGUCUUGAUGAUAAUCCAGGUGCUUCCAAGAGUCUUGAUGAUCAUCCAGGUGCUUCCAGGUUCUUUAUGGCAAACUUGUCAACUUUUUGGAGGUCAUGUGUCUGUAUAUGCCUAGCAAAAACCAAACCAGGCACUCCACAGUAAGAACCUUACACCAACGGUCAAACAUAGGAGUCUAGGUGUCAUUUAGAUGUUGGCCACAAGAGGCAACAGGGGUUCAAACUGUAGAACCCAGUUCCAACAUUUUUAAUAUAAAAAUUGAUUUUAUCAAACAAAACUAUGCUACAUUUUAUCUCUUGGACCUUCAGUAUGACAAAUCAGAGCAAGAUUACUGAAUGUAAGUACAUUUAUUUACCUUCAGAGGUGAAUGUAUCAAACCAGUUGCUGUGAUAAGUAUUUUGUUGUUGUGCACUCAAUAAAUAGCAUGCUAUUUUUUGUAUUUUUGUUUUACUGUAAUAGCUACUGUAAAUUGGACACUGCAGUUAGAUUAACAAUAAUUUAACUUUUCUGCCCAUAUAAGACAUGUCUAUGUCCUGGAAAGUUGGCUGUUGUCAUUCUAGUCACAUUAGCUCACGUUAGCAACAACCGCCCCAGUUUAGGGACACUGAUCCCAUAGAGGUUAAAGCAGUUCUGCAUGGAAAUUCCUCCGCAGCGACGUGAGAGACUGAUCAAGAACUACAGGACAUGUUUGGUUGAAAUCAUUGCAGCUUAAGCUGGCACAACCAGUUAUUGAGUGUAAGGGGGCAAUUACUUUUUCACCUCCGCAGCGAUGUGAGAGACUGAUCAAGAACUACAGGACAUGUUUGGUUGAAAUCAUUGCAGCUUAAGCUGGCACAACCAGUUAUUGAGUGUAAGGGGGCAAUUACUUUUUCACAGAGGGGCAUUCAGUGUUGCAGCAUAAUUUUGUUCAUGAAAUAAGUAAGUGAUUGUUGUUAUUUGUUCACUCCGGUUCCCUUUAUCUUGUAUUAGGUUUUGGUUGAAGACCUGAUAACAUUCAGUAAAAUUAGAAAGGGAGCAAAUACUUUUUCACAGCACUGUAUGUAGUAGUAUAAUAUUAAUUGUUAAAAUAAGAACUCAGUUUUGAAUUACUAUUCAUUCUUAUUCUAUGGUUGUCAUAACCCUGUUUUGGCAUAGAAUUAAGAAUGAGAAUCCUAAUUAAAUAGUAUUUUUAAUAGGAUUUCUAUGUUUUUUGGUGUCUGUCGACUACAGAGAUGAACAUGUUGUACAGUAUACUCAGACAUUCUGCAGAAUGAACCAAAACUUUUCAAGUGAAUUACAUAAAAACUGACCAAGAUUGAGAUGGUGAGGGACUUUGCAGUUGUAAAUGUGAAACAUCAGAAAUAUAUUUACAUAAUGAUUGUUUGUGCUUGCAAAUGUAGUUUGAUGGUUUUAGAAAGCUGGUGUAACAUCUCUCGUGCUACUAAUGUCUAAAAUUGAAAUGAUUCAUGUUGCAUGUCUUAGCUGGGUCAGUUUUUCCUCACUGAGUUACAGUAUGAUACAAUAACACCUAAUCAUUGUUUUUAAAGUGUUAAUUUGAUAUAGACAGUAACACAUUGUAAUGAUGCCUUGCUGAGAUGUUUAUCAAAUCUACUGGUACUAGUUGACAGUAUAGCUUACCAGAUCAUCUUUGUAAUACAGCCUUGAGUAAUUCAAUGUGAUGAGAUAUUGCCUGGUAAUGUUACCUGACAGUUAUCGAGUAGGUAUAAAUGCCCUUAGAUUUACAAUUAGUUCACACAUAUUUUCUUAGUAGUGUUAGUGGAGGGGGUGGGGACACCAAUUUUUAUUUAAGAUGUCUUGAUGUAUCCUUUUCCAAAACCUAAUAGACAUUUUUAAUGAAACAAUACAUUUGCCACUGUCAUGGUCUGCCCAAUGUAAGAUGCAUCUAUUUUUUAUGCUCAAAGACAAGAUCUUAUGUAAGCAUAUUUUAUUGAAAGACCAUGCACAGCCAUUGCAGAUUGUAGUGCCUGAGAGACAUUUGUAACAUUUGCGUUUGGGAUUUUGAAUAUGCCAUGUGUGCAUUAAAGAGUGUAAAGGAUUGUAUACAAGA